UUCGUGUGUGUUAACGAGAAUUGUACUUUUUACUGUUUCCAGAUGUCGAUGCAAAUCCUUAUUAAGAUUUUUACAGGCAAGACCUUAACUCUUGAGGUCGAAAGCUCAGACACCACUUGCAAAGUCAAAGAAAAGAUACAAGAUAAGGAAGGAAUCCCUACGUACCAGCAGAUGCUUGUCUUUGGAGAAAAAACGCUUGAGGAUUGUCGUACCUUGGCUAUUUACAAUAUCCAAAAUAAUUCAACUCUCCACAUGAUUCUCAGGUUUACAGGUAUGAGAAUCUUCGUAAAUAUUCUUGAAGGCAAUGCCAUAAUGCUUGAGGUCAAAAGCUCAGACACCAUUGACAACCUCAAGGCAAAGAUACAAGAUAAGGAAGGUAUCCCUAACUACCAGCAGAGGCUUAUUUUUGCCGGGAAAAGCCUUGAGGAUGAACGUACGUUGGCUAGUUACAAUAUCCAGAGAGAGUCAACUCUCCACUUGAUUCUCAAAUUUAGAGGUAUGCGAAUCUUCGUAUUAAUCUUGAACAAGACCAUAACCCUUGAGGUCGAAAGCUCAGACACCAUUAGCAACGUCAAGGCAAAGAUACAAGAUAAGGAAGGAAUACCUAUCCAAUAUCAGAAAUUGUACUUUUGCGGACGUGUUACGAAGGAUGACUGUACCGUGGCUGAUUACAAUAUCCAAAAAGAGAAUGCUCUUGUGAUGAGUUUCAAUCUGGGAGGAAUUAUGAAAAUCUUUGUUAAGACUCUAACAGACAAAACCAUAGCCCUUGAGGUCAGAGGCUUAGACACAAUUGACAUGGUCAAGGCGAAGAUCCAAGAGAGAGAGGGAAUCCCUCCGCACCAGCAGGUCUUGUUCUUUGCUGGUAAACAGCUCAAGGGUGGCCUUUUGGUGGAGAACAAAAUCUGGAAGGAGUCAGUCCUUCACGUCCAUCGUUUAAGUGGUGGAAUGCAAAUAUUUGUGAAAACACUCUCUGGUAAAGUCACUGCCUUAGAAGUCGGGAGGUCAGACACCAUUUACAAUUUAAAGACAAUGAUUCAAGACAAGGAAGGGAUCGCACCAGACCACCAGAGACUGAUAUUUGCUGGUAGACAACUGGAGGAUGAUUACAGACUUUCUGAUUAUAACAUCCAAAAGGAGUCAACACUUCACCUUGUGUUUUCCACAAAAUAGACUUUUAUCUAUUCGUUUUUUUUUCUUUGUUCU